UCCUUGUCGACAGAUACUAAUUAUGAUACAUCGACUGCUUCUUUGAGUAAUACAGAAGUCCACUCCUCACUGCCUGGUCAGGAAGCAUCUUCUAACCAAUCACUCACUACUAUUCCAAAUAGAGAAGUUUCAAUAACAACACUCCCCCAGGACAAAGUCGGCGUCAUAAAUCAGAUGGUACCUUACGCUGUCCUUGUUGGAGUAGGAAUACUUUUUCUUCUCUUUAUUGUCAAUCUGAUAUCAGUCGUACAAAGAAGAAAAGACCAUCAUGUUAUUCAGAGCUAUCUUUUGUCUUUACAUACUCUUUUACCGUUCCUUCGUAACUAUGCCGAAAUCGCCAUUGACGAGGAAGAUCCAAAAGUGAAAAAGUCUUCACAAGGCAAAGUCUUUGGAAACAAUAUAGAAGAGUACGAUGAGAUUGAAAUUGUCGCCCGUAGAUCUAAAACGAACGAGGCUAAGGAUACCAAGCGUGUGUCUGAAGCUGAGCAUUCCAAGAAAGUGGACACGUCAGAGGAAAAGAAGGAAGAAGAGGAAAAGAAGAACAGAAGUAACGUGUAUUCUCUGCAGAAAGAAAUAUUCAGCAGUGACCUCUAGAAUUUUCUUUCGAUUAUUUUAUUUUUUCAGUAAAAAGUAUGAAAUUUAAAUCUACAUUUAUAAUAAAGAGAUAAUAAUCUAUAAGAGCUGACAGUGACUCUUCUUGGCACAGUUACCGUACGUCACCGUUUAUUUAGGGCCAUUUGACUUUCUGAUUUAAAGUAAAACUGAAGGACUGUCUGCAAGUCAGACUUCAAGGUUAAUGACAAAUUAAAACUUUAUU